CUCUUCGUAGCGAUGAUUAGCCGCAAACCAGGUACUUCUGCAAGGGUUUACGCCGUAUUUCCGCAAACAAGUCACUUCGGACUGAUCUCCUCAGCAGCGUUCUUUCUCCCCACAUCGAUUUUGAAGCAGGCAACUAAUUUCUAAUUGGAUGGCAGCCAGCAACUCCGCGAAGAAAGUGUCGUAACAGAAUUUGCUUCAGUCAUUCAAUAUCAAACCCGGUCACUUCCUUCUCUCGCGCUCCUUCAGUAAUCAGCAAUGUCUUCAAAUCUUCGCAUUGCUUGCGUUAUGGUCGGCUUACCCGCCAGAGGCAAGACGUACAUCGCACAAAAAGUCUGUAGAUAUUUGACUUGGCUUGGAAUUAACACCAAGGUGUUUAAUGUGGGAAACUAUCGCAGAAAAUUAGCUGGUGCCCAUGUACCGCAUACGUUUUUCGAUCCCGCCAACCCCGAAGGAGAAAAGUCAAGAAAAGAGGCCGCCGCCGAAGCUUUGGCAGAUAUGAUGCGAUGGUUUGAGGAAGAUGAGGGGAUUGUUGCUAUCUAUGAUGCCACGAAUAGCACCAAAACGAGACGAGCUUGGUUACAAGAGAGCUUGAACAAGAAGGACAUACAAGUCUUGUUCAUUGAGUCAAUUUGUCAGGAUGAAGAGGUUAUUCUAAACAACAUCAGAGAUGUCAAAUUGUCCAGUCCCGAUUAUGUCGACAUCGAUCCAGACCAAGCUGCAGAGGAUUUCCGAGCUAGAAUUGAUCACUACCAAGAACAAUAUGAAACGAUCACAGAAGAAGGUCUUACCUACAUUAAGCUCAUUAAUGUUGGAAGCCAGGUCAUCAUCAAUCUCAUCAAAGGGUAUCUUGAAUCCCGUAUUGUCUAUUACCUCAUGAAUCUUCACAUCGCUCCCCGCAAGAUCUAUAUGAGUCGACAUGGUGAAUCGGUUUUCAAUGUGGAAGGUAAAAUUGGCGGCGAUUCUCCUCUGUCUCCAAGAGGAGAAAUGUAUGCAAGCCGGUUGCCGGAUCUUAUUCGUCAAAAUCUUGGUGACCAAAACCUCACCAUUUGGACAUCAACCAUGAAACGCACUAUUCAGACGGCAUCGUUGUUGCCUCAUCCAACCAAAAAGCAAUGGAAAGCUUUGGAAGAACUUGAUGCUGGUGUGUGCGAUGGUAUGACCUAUGAGGAAAUUGCUGAAAAAUAUCCAGAGGAUUACGCCAACCGAGAUGAAGAUAAAUUUAACUACAGAUAUAGAGGUGGAGAGUCCUAUAGAGACGUUGUAUUACGCUUAGAACCUGUUAUUAUGGAAUUAGAACGACACCAGAACAUUUUGAUCAUUGGACAUCAAGCCAUCCUCCGCUGUAUUUAUGCAUAUUUUAUGAACUACAGCCACGAAGAUCUGCCCUACAUCAAAAUACCUUUGCAUACUGUGAUUGAAUUGACGCCUAAGGCAUAUGGUUGUGAUGAAAAGCGGUUCAAGGUUGAUAUUGAGGCUGUUGAUACCCAUCGACCUAAACCAACUCGGGCAGCGUCCAUUCGGAGAAAGGCUUCCACCAACCUUGCUAGCAAAGCCCCUGGUAGCCUGACCUUACCCAACCCCGCCGGCGCCAGUGGAGAAAUUGUCUAUGACCCUAUGAGUCCCAUCUUACCUCUCACCAGUCCCAAGCUGACAUCUAGACCGUCGUUGACGGUUGUGCCCGCUAUCAAAGAUCUCAAAUCCACUGCAUCACCACCCACUACUUCAAGCCUGACCUCAGAAGUGGUUAAUUUGCAGCUAAAUGACAAGGGGCAAUGAUUGACAUGGAUCGACCAAGACACCUUAUUUGAUCCUUAUUUGCCUUACCACCAUCGUACUUUUCCUUACCACAUUUGCUUUAAAAAAUAAAGUAUAAAAAAAAUGUAUACAGAUAUCCAUGGGGGUGGCCGGACAUGGGAACA